AGGGAAUUGUUGCGAUCACGGAGAAGCGAUGAAUAGCCGGGCUUCGCAGAACCGGCUAACUGGUUCCGCUCUUCGAUCACCGAUUUCGUCUCUCUCACUCGCGAUGUUCGCGACCAUGGCUGCGAUCUACGUCGCCGGCUAUGGAUGGACGCAGAGAGCAGGGUUUACUUGAUUAAAGAGCUUGAUAGGAGGACUGGCCAGGGGAAGUCUGCCAUAUCUGUUGAUGACACAUUGAAAAUCAUAGCCUGUAGGGAACAAAAGAAGAAGUUAACAGCCCUUGAGAUGGAGCUGGGUGAAGCUAAGCAGGAAGGUUUGGUUCCAAAGCGCCUCUCAAAUAACAUUGGGACUCCUUCUAAGAAAAAGAAUCUCAUUGUCAUAGGAAUCAUUACGACUUUUGGUCACAAGAAAAACAGAGAUGCAAUUCGUAGGGCAUGGAUGCCAGCAGGUUCAAAUUUAAAGAAAUUGGAGGAUCAAAAGGGCAUUGUCAUACGAUUUGUAAUAGGAAGAAGUGCGAAUCGCGGAGACAGCUCAGACAGGGACAUCGAAAUUGAAAAUAAGGAGACCAAUGACUUCAUUGUUCUUGAUGAUCAUGUGGAGGCACCUAGGGAGCAUCCAAAGAAGAUAAAAUUAUUCUUCAGUUAUGCAGUGGAGAAGUGGGAUGCUGAGUUCUACACAAAGGUCAAUGAUAAUGUCUAUGUUAAUAUUGAUGCCUUGGGGGCAACACUCACUCCUCAUUUGGACAAACCUCGUGUUUAUAUCGGAUGCAUGAAAUCAGGCGAAGUUUUCUCUGAGCCGUCUCACAAAUGGUAUGAACCAGACUGGUGGAAAUUUGGUGACAAAAAAACAUACUUUCGUCACGCUUCGGGUGAGAUAUAUGCCAUUUCACAAGCUCUAGCCCAGUUUAUUUCAAUAAACAGGUCAAUUCUUCGAACAUUUGCCCACGAUGAUGUUAGUGCUGGGUCAUGGUUUAUAGGACUUGAUGCGAUGCAUAUAGAUGAAAGCAAGUUUUGCUGCUCCUCUUGGUCAUCCGGUUUCUCUCUCUCUCUCUCUCUCUCACACACACACUCACACACACACACAACAAAAAAAAAUGGGAUUUUUACUGGAACAGGGGAAUAUGCAUGUUGUUGGUUGAAUCCAUGAAUUGUUGAGACACAUGCGACAACUUAGUUGGCAUAUUGAAAGGGGUUUACCUAUAUUGCCACCACAGGGCUGCAGUGUUCCUCUCCAAGGGACCUUGCUUUUCUGGAACUUGCAACAGUUCCCAUUUUCUAAACUCCAUGUCAGUGGCUAUAAUCCUUGGGCUCUUCUUUGGAAAAACUUUAGAAGACGUCAUAAUUUAGAUGGAAGUCUGUUUCCUUGAUCUUGGAUCACUCAGUUAUCAGUUUCUGGGAUUAUAUACCUGGGCAGUGUGUGUGUCAGAUGUCACAUUACAAUAUGCUUCUAAAAAAUAAUUGUGUUUUGACCACAUCAGUAGUUUCUUGAAAACAAGUCUACGUUCCUUUUCAUCUUUAAGAAGCAUAAGUUGCAUAACUAAUUUAAAAACCAGGGAUGAAGAUCAGACAAAGAUGAUGCUGUUUCUUUGUGAGAAUGAAUACAUCAUCUUCCCAGUCCCUUAUUUAGGUUCCUUAUGAAAUAAAGAAGAAGCUCAUAAAUUGUUAUAAAAAAAAAAUAGAAGCAGCUCAUAAAUAGCUUAUUUGUGGACUGUUAGAUCUUCUAUAUGGAGAAUUAUAUCUUUUUUCAUCUCACAUUAUUAUUAUUAUUUUUAUUUUUCACAAAUUCUGUUGAAUGAAUUAGGUCAUUCGCUUAUUAUUAUCUGGAUACUAAUGGAAAGGGAGAAACAGUGUAUGCUUCUGACAGAAUGGCAUAUAGAACCAUCAGUCUUAUAAAAGAAAGGAAAAGAUAGGAAAAUCUUGAAGAGAGAGAACAUUGAGUUUAUUCAUAUGUUUAAAAAAAAAAGUGUUGGAUUCUUUAAUUAUUCAUAUGUACCUAAUUGGCGGAAAAAAUUAAUAGAAUUACUUUUUAAAGAAAGAAGUGAAUUUUAAUCUUUUUAAAAGCUUCAAAUAUGUAACUUUUAAGAGCUCAAACUCUAUUCAAUGUGUUUAUUGGGAGAAAGUGGGUUUGGGGGGAAACUUAUGCUGAGCACUUCGAAAUAGCAUGAAGACUGUUUUCUUCCUUUUAUUGGUAUUUUGCUAUUUCAGCAUUAUACAUGUUUCUUAGAUUGGAUUGAAGAGAUUCAAUAUUAGGGAGGCCAUUUUUUUUCAUAGAGACAGAAACUUGACAGAAAAGUUAAGAAUUUAAGACUACAUUUAGCUGAAUCGGGGAAUUUGAAAAUUGAAAAUUGCAUACAAAUAAAUUUGAAUUAAAUAUUGUUGCAAACGAAGCACAUAUUCACAAUCAUAAGGUAAUUCAACUAACCUAUAUUCCACUCGUCUGGAGACACAGAAGUUGAGCUUUCCUGGUGGCUGAAGAUAGUGAUCACCAUUAGAUUUCUCCAACAGUGGGUACAUUAUCAGAUCAUUCAUGCCCAUUCAUAGGCAUAUAGAAAAAAUGAUCAUCCAUAGCCUAGGCAAACCUACAUAGCACCUAAAAUGUUUGGGCUUCCAUUGCUGAUGUUUAGGCUACCACGAUAUGCGUAGAGUUGAUAGCAGAAGUUGAAGGGUUUUGCAACAGUUACAAUUGUAAAUUGAUUUGGAAAACAGAUGAUCGCUGAAAUCUGAAGAGGCAAGUGAAUGGAACAUUCAAACUUGAAUUUAGGGGUAUAAAUGGAAUUUUCAUUUUGAAUGAAUGUAUAGUGAAUGGUAAGUUUGGAACUUUACAUUUUGUCACUUUGAGGACUACCACUUUUUUCCCUUUAGACUUUUAGGAAUAGUUAAAUUUAAUGAUAGUCUAGCUGGUGGAUUUUUUAAAAUUAUCAAUUAAACAUUUCAGGUGCGGUAUGUGCAGCUGUAUGACUUGAGUAGGUUUGUUCAUCGGCUUAUAUAGUUGUGAAAGGCAUUCUUUUCCUGCAUAAUUUGAGAUGCCUGUUGAGGUGAAGACAGGAUAUGCUUAUUCCAGCUGCUGCUGCUUGCUGCAAGAGGUGUUAUGAGAAUAGAAAGCUUACAAACAAAUAGCAGUGACUCUGGUGACAGCUCUGGAUGCAGGCAGCAUAACAAUCAUUUACAGUAUAUUUUGAAAAACUGCAGGGUGCUCUAUUCAUUUAAAAUGCUAUGAUGUGAUAUAAUUCGCCAUUUCAAUUCUUUUUGGCUUUUGGAUGAGGUUUUUUUUUGCCUUGUAUGGCGAAAUAGUUGUCACUGAUUACUUGGCUCCAUGGAAUAGAGAAACAUCAUUCACAGGGUAGGGAAAUCUUGUGUUGAAGAUUCAAAACAUUUAUUUCUUUGAAAAAAUUGUGUGUGUGAGAGACAGAGAGAGAGAGAGGAGAGGCACACAUUUUCAUUGUCAUCUUCAUAUUCGUUGGUUCUAUGUAAAGCCCUGAAGCCCAAUUGAACCUUUUGU